UGUUUUUCCCUCUUCUCUGUUCGCAUCCCUUUCGGGCGACCGUAAAUAGCAGCAUCUGCUUGAUGCGAGCGAUCCCCGUAUCGCCUUCUCUUCGGUCCUCUCGUCAAAUUUGGCAAAGCAAAGCAAGAAGAGUGGAGAAGCCCCCAAUCCAAUCCAACCCAACGCUGGGUUUGGGGAUCGUUUCUUCCCCAAAUUCCUGCCCGAUCGACGCCCUAGGGUUUCCCCAGUUCUCAUGAGUUUCCCCUUCCCCCGCCCAUGGCCGCCGCGUCUGUCGUCGUCGUCCGUGUCUUCCUCCUCCUCCUCAUCUUCCCUGAUAUCGACAACCCUCGGCUGGCGUCCGCUCUUGAUGCGACGGUGGCGGACGACGACGGGCCGUAUCGCAGUGAGCGGUUCUCGAUCCUGAGCUAUGAAUCCUUGUGGCACGACUACUCCCCGCCCGCCCCGCCGCCAUCGCCCCCUGACCCGCCUUCGUCUUCCUGCGAGGGCGACCUUGGCGGCACCGGCGACUUCAAUACCCUCUGCGAGCUCCACACCAGUGUGCAGCUGUCCAGCGACUUCUUUGCCAAGGCGCACGGCAGCUUCGUUCUCUACCCCGACGUGGUGCUCAGUUGUUCCGUCGCCGGGUGCUCCAUCGUCGUCAAUCUUACGGGGGAGAUCCGGAUCGGGCGGAAUGCCAAGAUUGCGGCUGGGACUGUCCGCAUGCAGGCGGGCAACAUGAGCCUCGCCGAGGGUGCGGCGAUUGAUACGGUAGCGCUGGCGGGGGAUCCGCCUCCCCAGACCAGUGGGGUUCCUACGGGGACUAAUGGGGAUGGCGGUGGGCAUGGUGGGAGAGGCGCUAGCUGCGUGGUGAAAGAGGGGCAGACACAGGAGGACUCCUGGGGAGGGGAUGCAUAUUCCUGGUCCACGCUGAUGAAACCUGACAACUACGGCAGCAAGGGCAGCUCGACAAGCACGGAGAAGGAUUAUGGAGGGGGAGGGGGUGGACGGGUUUACUUGGUGGUCAAUGAUGUGAUUGAGGUUAACGGUAGUAUUACAGCGGAUGGUGGUGAGGGUGGCUCUCUAGGUGGUGGAGGGUCAGGUGGGAGCAUCUUCAUCAGUGCGGCUAAAAUGAAGGGCACUGGAAAAAUAAGUGCUUCUGGUGGUAGUGGUUUGGCUGGUGGCGGAGGAGGACGUGUUUCUAUUGCAGUUUUUAGCUGGCAUGAUGAUCCACGUGUUUUUGUUCACGGUGGAAGGAGUUUUGGUUGCCCUGAAAAUGCUGGAGCUGCAGGGACUCUUUAUGAUGCAGUUCCCAAGAGCCUUAUAGUUAGCAACCAUAACUUGUCAACACAGACUGAUACACUUUUACUAGAGUUCCCUUAUCAGCCACUUUGGACUAAUGUUUUCAUUACAAAUUGUGCCAAAGUUGCUGUUCCUUUACUUUGGAGUCGCGUACAGGUUCAAGGACAACUUAGCCUUCUUUCUGGUGGUAUGUUGGCAUUUGGUCUGACUCGUUACCCUUACUCCGAGUUUGAGCUAUUGGCUGAAGAACUUUUGAUGAGUGACUCAAUAAUUAAGGUGUUUGGGGCUUUACGAAUGUCUGUGAAGAUGCUUUUGAUGUGGAAUUCGAAAAUGUUCAUUAAUGGUGGUGGGGAUGCAUUAGUUGCAACCUCAUUACUUGAGGCGAGUAAUUUGAUUGUUCUGAAGGAAUCUUCCAUGAUACAUUCUAAUGCCAAUCUUGGAGUUCAUGGUCAAGGCCUGCUUAAUUUAUCUGGACCUGGAGAUCUAAUUGAGGCACAACGUCUGAUAUUGUCACUCUUUUACAGCAUCCAUGUUGGACUUGGUUCUGUUUUGAGGGGUCCACUAAUAAAUGCGUCCGGUGAUGACAUGGCCCCUAGGCUGAAUUGUGAGGAAAAAGAUUGUCCUUUGGAAUUGAUUCAUCCACCAGAAGAUUGCAAUGUUAAUUCUUCAUUAUCUUUCACCCUUCAGAUUUGUCGUGUUGAAGAUAUUGAUGUUGCUGGACUUGUUCAAGGAACUGUUGUUCAUUUCCAUAGGGCACGAAGUGUAGUUGUGUCUCCUACUGGAAGAAUUAGUGCAACUGGUUUGGGCUGCAAAGGUGGUGUUGGGCGGGGAAAUAUAUUAGGCAAUGGUCUAGGUGGUGGUGGUGGACACGGUGGGAGGGGUGGAGAUGGCCGUUAUGGUGGAAGCAUUGUCAAGGGUGGCAUUGCUUAUGGAAAUGCUGAAUUGCCAUGUGAGCUUGGUAGUGGUAGUGGUAAUGACACUGUACCAUCCUCGACUGGUGGUGGUGGUAUCGUAGUGAUAGGGUCGAUGGAGCAUCCAUUGGUUAGUUUGUCUGUUUAUGGCUCAGUUGAAGCAGAUGGUGAAGACUUCAUGGAAGCUGGUGUCACUAUUGGCUCAUCUGAUGGAGGGCCUGGUGGUGGUUCUGGUGGUACUAUUCUUCUAUUUUUGCAUUCUUUGACCCUCAGUGAUUCUUCUAUCCUUUCAAGUGUUGGUGGGCAUGGCAGUCAAAGUGGUGGUGGAGGAGGUGGUGGUGGAAGGAUUCACUUCCAUUGGUCCGACAUUUCUACAGGGGAUGAAUAUCUUCCAGUUGCAACUGUGAAGGGAACCAUAAACACGAGGGGUGGCAUCAGCAAAGGCCAUGGUUUGGCAGGGGAAAAUGGAACACUUACUGGAAAAGCAUGCCCCAAAGGCCUGUAUGGAAUUUUUUGCGAGGAAUGCCCUCUGGGUACAUUCAAGAAUGUUACUGGAUCAGAUGAAACUCUAUGUUUCCAAUGCCCUUCUAAUGAACUUCCUCAUCGUGCUGUAUACACAAGUGUUCGAGGAGGUGUUGCUGAAACCCCUUGUCCAUACAAAUGUAUUUCUGAAAGAUAUCAUAUGCCACACUGUUACACAGCUCUUGAGGAGUUGAUAAACACUUUUGGUGGACCAUGGUUGUUUGGUCUUCUUCUUUCUAGCCUUCUUGUCUUGUUAGCCCUAGUUCUAAGUGUUGCACGGAUGAAAUUUGUUGGUACGGAUGAGUUACCUGGCCCUGCUCCAACUCAACAUGGGUCUCAAAUUGAUCAUUCAUUUCCCUUUCUGGAGUCAUUAAACGAGGUUUUGGAAACAAACAGGGUCGAGGAGUCACAAAGCCAUGUUCAUAGAAUGUACUUCAUGGGCCCGAACACCUUUAGUGAACCUUGGCAUCUUCCACACUCUCCCCCUGAACAAAUUACAGAGAUAGUAUAUGAGGAUGCAUACAAUAGAUUUGUUGAUGAGAUAAAUGCCCUUGCUGCUUAUCAGUGGUGGGAAGGUGCAAUCUACAGCAUUCUAUGUAUACUUGCCUAUCCACUUGCCUGGUCAUGGCAGCAGUGGCGGCGUAGAAAAAAGUUACAAAGACUGCGUGAAUUUGUUCGAUCAGAGUAUGAUCAUGCAUGCCUUCGUUCUUGCCGCUCACGUGCACUUUAUGAAGGGCUUAAGGUUUGUAUAGUAUAGUUUAUACCUUUGAAUUAUUUGUUGU